GUGUUCCUCUCUCCAUACUAAAUAGGAAGCUGCCUUAGCUGGGGAUUAGAUCCAAUUCUGCUGCAGCCACCCAACUACUCCCCUAAAAACACCCACUGCAGCCAUGGAUAGGCCACAAAAUGGCUUCAGUCACUUUCACACAUGAAAGGCGCACGGUAGAUUUCGGAAGGGAGGUGACAGCUGCUGUGCUAUGAUUGUGCCCUGAGGAUGAUGGAGAGGCUGGGGACAUCAGAUAUGGGAGACGCUCGGGAUGUCAGCUCACCUCCCCGGGAGGCGGAGAGCACGCGUGGAGUGGAGCAGAGUGGGGUGAAGGAGGGGGCGGCCCCCGGCUCCCCCCCUCGUGCUGUGCCGGUGAUUGAGCUGCUCAGGAGGGGGGAGGGAUCGGGGAAUAUAAAGGGCAGAGAGCAGGAGCUGAGACUGCAGAACCUGAGUACCAGCGAACUGUGCAGAGCCCCACUGACCCCCUCUACAGAGCUGUGCAGAGCCCCACUGACCCCCUCCACAGAGAUCUGUAGAGCCCAACUCGCCCCAACCACUGAGCUUUGCAGACCCCCCUUGAACCCAACUACAGAACUGUGCAGACCCCCACAGACCCCAACCACAGAGCUGUGCAGAGCUCCCCUGACUCCAACAACAGAUCUCUGCAGGACCCCUUUACCUGCUACCACCGAGCUCUGCAGACCCCCCAUCCUUCUGCCAGUCUCCGGACCUCAAGCUGAGCAAGCUGCGGAAGCCCGAAUGGUCCAGCUGAGCCCUCCCGCAUCUCUCCCCAUCCAGCCGGCGGGCAGGACCAUGCUGUACGGACUGAGCCAGCCACUAACCCCCGGGAACAGCAGCUAUUUUGGAGUUCCAGAAACCUUCACUGUGUUCAAUAACAACACGCGAGUCAAGAGACGCUCGGGACCCUAUGAAGUAGAGACUAUUGAAGGGCCUCCUCAAACAAAGGUGGUCCGUCGUAUCUUCACAAACAGUCGGGAGAGAUGGAGGCAGCAGAAUGUGAAUGGAGCUUUUGCUGACCUCCGCAAGCUUAUUCCCACUCACCCUCCAGAUAAGAAGCUCAGCAAGAAUGAAAUAUUACGCCUGGCUAUGAAAUAUAUCAACUUCCUAGCCAAACUUCUUGAUGACCAAGAAGAAGAAGAAGGCACCCAAAGGAGCAAAAUAAGUAAAGAUAAUGGUAUGGUCCAACAAGAUCUUCUCCAAGACAUGCUUUCCCCAAACUCAAGCUGUGGAAGCUCACUAGAUGGUGCGCCAAGCCCGGACAGCUUCUCAGAAGAUCAAGACACAAUGGACUCCAAACACAGCAGAAGUCUCCACCAGUCUAUGCUCCCGAUAGAAAGUAAUGGUCAGCGAUGACACAUUUGGGGGAAAAAGAUACCCUAUUGACUGUCUAUUGACUGGGACCUAUUGGCUUGGGUCGUAAUCCCUUUUUCACUGUGUUUAUUGACACAUCUGGGAUAGCAAAACAAUAUUUCUUCUUAAGGUACUCUGAAAAACCCUCAAAGUUUGAACAUUCAGGCCAUGUCUACAAUGGAAGAAUAUUACCUGGAAAGAGUAACUCU